UUUACUUCCCAAAAUGCGGAUAGCCACCCAAAAAUAUAUAUUGCUAGGUCUGUUUAUAGCUGUAGCAUCAGUGCCUACUGAGAAUGCUAUAGAAGAGUCAGCACGCAUAGUAAACGGUUACACGGUGGACAUAUCGGACGUGCCAUACCAGGCGACGUUACGUCGGCGUGUCAUCUCCGGCUGGGGUCACAUGUGUGGAGCGGUCAUCAUCAACGUGCGAGCAGCCCUUACUGCGGGUCACUGCGGAGUUAGUUACGUGACAGAACCAUCAUACAUCCGACUAGUAGUGGGCACAUCUUCACGACUGACCGGUGGUACGACCUACGAAAUCUCCGUAGUACAUGUCAAUGAGGAAUACUCUUCCUCCACCCUGGAAAAUGACAUUGCCCUCUUGGUCACUUCCAACAACAUGAGGUUUGGAAAUAAUGUCCAGAGCGUAGCUUUAGCUCCGCCAAACCAUACUUUGUCGGCAGGGAGUGAAGCUUUGGUGUCAGGAUACGGAACUACCUCGUUCGAAGGCACAGCGUCAUCAGUGCUGCUCGCGGCUAAAGUGAACGUGGUCGAACAGCAGACUUGCGCCCGCGCGUAUCUACGCAUCGCGGCCAUCACAUCCGGCAUGCUAUGUGCAAGCGCCUCCUCACCAGCCCGAGACGCCUGCCAGGGCGACUCUGGCGGGCCCCUCGUCUCCGACAACCUCCUCGUCGGCAUAGUGUCCUGGGGUGAAGGCUGCGCGGAGGAAGCUUACCCUGGCGUGUACACUAGGGUGUCGAAGUACUACUCCUGGAUUAAUGGGAAACUUGCAAAUAUUUAGGAUUGAUGUUUUGAUGAAGGUA